GAGUUUACCGAGCUCAAAGACACCCAGUGCAGCACUCUACUCUCCUCCACACAUUCUUAUUUUUUAUCAGCAAACAGCUGUCAGCAAAGUUCCUCUGUUUUGCAAAGUUUUAGCAACUUUUCUGAAACUUUUUCUCUCUCCCCCACUCCUCCACCCAGAAGGUUCAAGUUGCAAAGAGAGUUGAUCUGAAAGCUACAAAGGAGAGAGCGAGAGAGACAUAGAGGGCGUUUUAUGGUCUCCUGCAAACUCUGUUGGUUUCUCUUUCUCAGCCUCAGUCACUCAUUCUUUGCAAUGAUGAGACAGAAAUCGACAUAACACCAGGAACGUAUGAGGGAACCAACAGCGGAGGCUGAGAUGGAGAAGCUGGCUGUGGAGGAGAAUGGGGGUCCUGAGGCGUCUCUGAACGGUAUCCUGCACCGGGCCAAGCUGCACCCCUGUGUCCUCAUCUCCACGGCACUGUUUGUGGCAGAGGUAGUCGCUGGUGGGUUUGUGUGCGCCCUGUACAGCCGUCUGGGAGACUCCUUCUGGCUGGCGUUAACCAUUAGCUUCAUGUUGGUGCCCUCGGUGCUGGUGCAGUUCACACUCAUCCUCAUCCACCGUGAGUUGGGCAGCGACAGGUCCCUCGUGCUGUUCCUUCAUCUGCUCCAGCUCGGACCCCUGGUCAGGUGUGUGGAGGCGCUAGUGGUUUUCCACUCCGGGAAGCAAGAGGAGCCGUACGUCAGCAUUGUCCGCAAGAAGAAGCUGCACCACGGGCUGGCCACGGAGUACGAGAAGGAGGUGGACCACUCCACCAGGAAACUCCACAUCCACCGCGAUGCCUUCCAGAGAGCAGCCGUCAUCCAGGCCUUCCUGGGCUCCACCCCCCAACUCAUCCUCCAGCUGUACGUCAGCAUCGUGGAGAGAUACAUGCCCACAGCCAGGGUCGCCCUGAUGGUCACCUCGCUGCUCUCGGUCACGUACGGCGCCCUCCUGUGUACGCUCCUGGCCGUGCAGAUCAAGUACGACGACUGCAAGGUGCGCCUGCGGCCGGCGGGCUACGCGUGCGUGGGGCUGUGGCGGAGCCUGGAGAUGGCCACCCGGGUGGCGGUGCUGGUGCUGUUCAGCACUGCGCUGCGGCAGUGGACCUUUGCCGUGCUCUCGGCCGACUUCCUGGCCUUCUUCUCCCUCCCCUGGCUCCGCUUCUGGUGCAGUCGCUCGCCCUUCCCCGAGAACGUGGAGAAGAACUACCAGAGGUUCGGCACCGCGGUGGUCCUGUGCCUGGUCACCGUGCUGUACGCCGGCAUCAACGUCUUCUGCUGGUCGGCCUUGCAGCUGGACAUCAGCGACCAGGACCUCAUCAACAAGCGUCAGCCCUGGGGCCGCAUAGCCGUCUACUACACCCUGCGUCUGGCUGAGAACUGCCUGCUCCUCGCCCUCUGGUAUGUCUUCAAGACGGACGUGUACGAGUACGCAUGCCCCUCGCUCAUGGCCGCUCAGCUCCUCCUCGGCUACGGCCUGGCCGUGCUCUUCAUGCUCCUCUUCUACCAGUACUGCCACCCCUGCCGCUCCCUCUUCACGCACAACGUGGCCGACUGCCUGGCCUGCUCCUGCUGCCGAGCCCCCACUCGCUGGCAGGGACCCCCUCCGGCCGGCCAGUCCGACCCCGAGACCAACGUGUGAUCCGGCUGUGAGGGGGAGCGAGGGCUGGAGGGUGGGGGGAGAUUGGGGGGAGAGGGCUGGGGUCAGGGGCUGCGGAGACCUUUGUGUUGUGUUCGUUUGCUCCCCUCUCCCUCUCUCUAUCUCUCUCUUUGUGGUGAAAGACAUCUAGUUUUAAUGAUGCAACUAAACAGAGUUUGGAAAUGAGGGCUGUGGCUCAAGGCUCCAGAGACCUGGAAGGAGCUAAGUAUACUGGGCUGGGGGCUGAGACCAGCCCGUGGGACUAUGCAAAAAGAGAAGGGAGUUUCUCUCUCCCGGUCUCCCGGCCAACAAAUCCCCCAAAUAAAAUUGGUCACUCACUUC